GGACCUGGGUGAGAGCGGCAGGGAACAUGGCGGAGGCGGCGGCGGUGUCUCAGCAUCGGUUCUUCUGUCAUCACUGUAAGGGCGAGGUCAACCCCAAACUGCCGGAGUAUAUUUGCCCCAGAUGCGACUCCGGUUUCAUUGAAGAGGUGACAGAAGAAUCCAGUUUCCUAGAUUCUGGUGGAAGUUCCCUCGAUGACAGUUCCCCCGCGCAGUUUACAGAGCUCUGGGACCAUUUAGAUCAAGCGAUGUUCAUCCCUGACUUCCGGCAUUUCCUAAGCGCCAGCAGUUCUUUAGAUCAAGAUGGCAGAGACCAGGAACGGGGCCACCAGGCCCAUACAGAGCUCAGACUGACGCGCAGACCUCCCAGGCAGCCAAUGACGAGGUAUAGAUCUCGGGUCAGUUCACGCCCUGACCGGUCACCGGCCAUUGAAGGCAUCAUCCAACAGAUCUUUGCCGGAGUAUUCGCAAACCCACCCUUUCCAGGGUCCCCGCAUCCCCUCUCUUGGAGUGGGAUGUUACACUCGAAUCCUGGAGACUACGCCUGGGGACAGAGCGGCCUGGAUUCCAUUGUCACACAGCUAUUGGGUCAGCUUGAGAACAGUGGUCCUCCUCCAGCCGACAAAGACAAGAUUGUGUCUCUCCCAACUGUCACCGUUACCCGAGAGCAAGUGGCGAUGGGCCUCGAGUGCCCGGUGUGCAAAGAGGAUUACACCGUAGAAGAACAAGUAAGGCAGUUACCCUGCAACCAUUUCUUCCACGGAGACUGCAUCGUGCCUUGGCUUGAACUGCAUGACACAUGCCCCGUUUGCAGAAAGAGUCUGAAUGGUGAGGACUCGACGAGACAAGCUCCCAAUUCAGAGGCGACUGGUAGUAACAACUUCAGUAGCCACAGCCCCGACCGAUGGACCUUCUGAAAUCUGCCCAUCUAAGCCCUCGCUCUAAGGCAUGUAUAUUAUACGAGAAGAGGGGGAGCCUGUUUUGGCUCAAUAUGGGGAGAGGGAGAAACAGCCACCAGUACUACAGAACACCCCUCUCCCUGCACAAAUGAAACCCUCCUGCAGAAUGACUGGAUCCAGCGUAGCUCUAACGUCCCCGGUAUUUCCUUCUUACCCAUGAGCCUCGAUCAGCUGCUGUUUUAUCUCUUUGGAAAGCACCAUUGAGCUCCUAGACAGUAUCGUUCCAUAAAUCAGUGACCCGUCGCAGGCUACGGAAAGGAUUAGGAAGUAGGUGCCGGCACAUUCUGAUCUUGGCAUCUCCUCAGAGACCAAAAAUAAAAGAUUGGGGCAGAGAAAUCCAGCAGAUUA